UGCAGUGGCCUAACAGGAUGGCUGGAACUUUCAAGAUUAGGGUGUGUUUUUCAUAGCACAAGGUAAUAGAAGGGUGCAGACGUACUUUGUCAGUAAAUGACAUUGCAAACCUCACAGUAGGUCAUCUAAUCGUCAAGAUGAGAUUGCGAGAUCUUGUAUAUGGUGUUGCUGUCAUCUUCGUCACCCUCCUGGUAUGGCGAAUCUCUGUCAACUCUUCCCACAUACAUGAGAGAGCAAGGGACAUUCAACACAUUUUCAGUGUUCAUAAGAUAACCAAGGUCUCUACCACUACACCUGCAGCCUACCCGAAAUGCAAGCUUUCCAAGGUCUGUCCCAUCGACCAUUUUGCAUUUCACAUCAAAAGUGGAGCAGCUGAUGUUGUCGGGCCACAGAUCUGUUUUGAGGGUAAAAUUGUGAUGAGUGGCGUGAUUAACAAUGUGGGACCUGGGCUUAACAUAGUGGUGGUGAAUGGUGAGAAUGGGACUGUUGAGAAGGUUUCCUACCUUAAUAUGAUCGUUGGAAAACCUGAAGAUAUCCUGGCAUACUUGAAAGAUAUUAAGCCUGGAAUGAUUGUUUUGGUGGCGUCAUUUGAUGAUAUGACAACAAAGUUGACAGACGAAAUGAGGGAAAUAUUUGAUGUACUUGGGAGCACCAUGAUCAAGUCUAUUAAACACAGAGAUAGCUGGGUCUUUGCUGGGGGUGCUGGAACAAAUGAGAAAAGUCCAUUUGAAAAGGUUGCUGUAAGUGAUCUGAAGAGCAACGUAUAUGAGAGCUGGCCAGAGGUUGUUGAGAUUGGAGGCUGCUUUCCCAGGAAGAUCUGACACACUGAAAUCCCAGAGGAACACAGAGGGCAUUUGAGGCAUCUAUUACUGAGGUGGAAUAGAUAUUUUGAAGGAUCCCUCCAAAGAGUUUGAACUUGAAUUGAAAAAUAGCUUUUCGCUGUACUAUUUAGCAAAAUGUUCCCCACAACGUGUUAUCAUGAGAAUAUGUAUAAUAAAAUAAUUUAUA